AUGAGUCAAGACAGUGCAGCUUCAGAUCCAGUAGAUUUUAAAUCUACAGCUGUUUUUCGGCUCCUCGAGAAAGCUAUGCAGGAAGAUGACAAAGGAUUAGCAGUAACUCUGAAAGGUAUAUACUGCUUCAAGGUUAAAAAUGAAGACGGCAAAGACGGAAUCUGGAUUUUAGAUAUGAGAGAUGGAAAAGGUAAAGUUAAGUUCAAUGGAAAAGAAAAACCGGAUGUUACAUUAGUGAUGAAAGAUGCGGAUGUUGUAGAAUUGAUGAUGGGUAAACUUAACCCACAGAAAGCAUUUUUUCAAGGAAAAGUGAAAAUUAAUGGGAACAUGGGUUUGGCAAUGAAGCUGUCAGUGUUACAGGAACAAGCAAGCAAGAAGAUGGAGGAACUUAAAGCCAAACUUUGA